CGAAUUACCUGCUGUUUUGUUGGAGGGAAAACGCAAAAACAUUUUAAAAAUAUUUAAAUAAUUUAAUCGCUGUUAAAUAAAUCUGCCGCCAGAGUUCUGAGGCUAUUAAAUGUUGUGAUAAGAGCAGUCUCUUGGUUCCAGCCACCCAACAUAGAGAGCGUGCGGCGUAUUGCAAGUAUCGGAAUUCGAUAGCCCCGACGACGGUGGUGGUCUCCUCUUUUCGAAGUGUGUCUUAUAAAAAGGGAAAUUUAAUGGAAACUCGCUUUUAAAAUUACAGAAAGAAGCCGAAAUGUCCUGCUGGUACUUGGAGCACCUAAGUACGCAGGAGCGGGUGAUCCUGCCGAAGGGCAAGAGCACAAUUGGUCGCCACUCGGCCUGCAGGAUUGUCCUGAAUUAUGCAUUCAUGUCGAGGGAGCAUGUGGAGAUGUCGGUUAACUCCAAUGCUGUCCUGGUCAAGUGUCUGAACGCCUCGAAUGGUGUUUUCGUGAAUAAUGCGAAAAUCCAGAAAAAGCCUGAUGGAGUGCCUGUGAGCGAAGGAGAUUUAAUCAGUCUGGGCUGCCCUCUGCUCGAGAAGAAGUGUUCCAAAAAAUGGGCCGUCUUCAGUUUGAAAAAAGUGCCUGUCCAGACCGAAGAAAUUGUGCUGUCCAGCGAUUCGGAGGAUGAACUACUAACUCGGCCGCCGCCAAAAUCUGCUGUUGAAUGCAAGGUAGAACCUGUUGAGAAGACUGCAAAUAUUCCAAGCGAGGCAACUACUGCCGCCAAAGAAACUGAGAAGGAGGGUCCUACUACAUCCAAAGCCGGUACACAUCCGAUCCUGCACCUUCCAAAGGUGCCACAAGUAAAGGCGGAGUGGGUGAAGACGGCCCAAGACAUAACGAGCAUCUUUGGUGAGGCGGAUGAGGCCAUUAUCGGCAGUGUGCUGAGCAUUAAUCCGUAUUUAUACAAUCACUUGCCGAAAGAGAAGCAAGCACUGCCAGUCGCAAAUCUGCUCGAUGGUCAAGUCAUUGAGCUGGAAGAUAAUGAGGAUAACAACAAGGCGAAGGAUCCGCCCUGUCAGCAAGCGAACGAGACAGCCGGCAGCAUGCUACCGCCCUGUCCGCAUCCGCCUUUGUCGGCGCAAGCCGUGGACGACUAUGAUGAGGACAUGGCAAUGUCCCAGGCGGUCCUGCAAGAAAUGAAGGACGAGAUGGCAUUCAGCGAUGGCGAGGAGAACUUUUUUGAGUUGACCAACAAUGAGUGCAGCCACCGCAGCUCAUCCUUGUCUCCCUUGAAUGAUGAGGAAGACGUCAUUGUGAUCUCCGACAGCGACGAUGACGAUCUCUGCAGCAAGGUGGCCGACUGGUCCAACAAGCUGCUCAGCCAGAAAACACCCGACGCUCUGUCACAGUCAUAUCCCUUGACCGAAUCUGACGCGGAGGAAGAUUUUCAAUCUCAAAUGCAAUUCCGCAUUUUGCCGAAAGCGCUUCGCAUGCUGGACUCCAGCGAUGAUGAAGAGGAUGUGCCUUCCUCUCGCCUCUUUCCCAAAUACUCCAAGCCACUGCGCAUUGAUUCCAGCUCGGAUGAGGACGAUUCAUCCACGCCCAACAUCCACAAGGCGGACAAGGCAGCCCUAAAACCAUCUCUCCUUCGCUCAAAGUCCGUUGGCACCACCGAAGACGAGUGCCAAUUGUUCACGCGGCGCCCGCGUAAGGAUCAGGCAGACACCAUUCCCGAGACGGCGCUCAGCUCAGAAGAUGAUUGGGAUAAUUGGGAUAAUUGGGACUUCGGUAACAUGAUCAAUGAAGCCUUGAACGGCGUAUCCUCCCUGGAUGAAACAAUUCCUGACGCAUCCAAAAAGUCAAAAAUUGUCCAAACCCCAGAGAAAAUAGCAUUGGAUAUUUCCAUGGAGAUAGAACUGCUGGCUAACCCAAUAACGGAGGAAGCGGACGUUUCUGCCCCAGAAAAAACUCCUUCACCAAAGAAAGCCAAUGUGGAACCUGUUAUGGCCUGCAAAUAUAACAAGAAGUCCAGAAUCUCCAGUCGACGAUCAACCAUUGCAGUCUCCUUCGAAGACUUGGCUGAAACUUCUCUCGAAACACCUAAAGAAUCUCCUCAAACCACAGUUAAAGUAGAGCCUGCCGUUUCCAAGCACCAUUCAAAGCUGAAGGCUUCUUCUAUGGAGAUAGAAGCUUCUUCUGUGGAGAAAGCCGAAGCGGAGCAACCAGCAGCUGACAGCAAGAAAUCCAGAAUUGUCCAUCGACGACUAUGCGUAACAGUGUCCCGCGAAGAGUUGCUUGGCACUUUAAAGGAGAAACCAAAGGAUGUACCUUUAGUGAACAAAACCACGCGACGAUCCACCGUAGCCGUCUCUCAUGAAGAGUUUGCUGAAACUUGUAGCAUGGAGCCAAAAGAAGCUCCUUCCGUAGACAAAGCCAAAGACAAAGUGGAGUCCGCAGCUUCCAACAAAAAUCAAGCAAAAGCGAAGGAGAAAGAUUAUCCUUCCAAGCGAAAGGAAGCGCCAAAAGCCGAGCCAUCUGCAGCUUCCAUUAAGAAGUCCCGAAUCUCCCAGCGACGUUCAUCUGUUGCCGUCUCUCGCGAACAGUUUGCUGACGCUUUUGAGGAGGAGAAAAAGGAAGCUCCUUCCGUAGAGAAAAUCAAAGAUAAAGUGGAGCCUGCCGUUUCCAAGAAUCACUCAAAGGCGAAGGGUUCUUCUAAGAAAAAAAAAGAUUCUCCUUCUAAGCGCAAGGAGGGACCAAAAGCGGAGCCUGAAGUGGCGAAGAAGAUAUCCAGAAUCUCCCAGCGACGAUCAACCGUUGCCGUCUCUCGCGAACAGUUUGAUGACGCUUUUGAGGAGGAGGACAAAGCCAAAGAAAAAGUUGUGAAGAGCUCGAAAGAGAAUGAGCCAGCAGCCAAGCCAAAGGAGAAAUCUCCAUCAAAAAAAGAGCCCAAUGCACGACUUCGCAGCCGAGCCAUUUCGUGCUACUAUGAGAAACCCCAAGACGAACCAGACCUGGUCACAAGCAUUGUCAGCGGGAUGGACAUGAAGCAGAUUAGGAGACCCGAAGUGAUUGAGGCUCCUUCGUUGCCCAAGUAUCGGGGCAAGCUGCGCGGCGUUUCGGCAGUGCCCAAGGCCAAGAUUUUGGACCACCAGCGAUUCCUGGACUAUCAGGCGGAAAUGAAUGCCAAAUGGAAGGAGAAGCCAAAAGCGAAGAACCCAGUUGAUGUCGAAACAAAGGAGAAGCGGCGCGAAGCGCUCAAAAAACUAACAGAGAAGAAGCCAGUCGAAGGGGAGCACGCGCCAGGCAGCAGCAAGAGAAAGGCCACAACCACUGUGCCAAAGGUAGCCAAUUCGAAUCGUGGGGCGUUCCUCACCGAGAGCAUCAAUGGACUGCCUCCCUCAAAGGUGGCCAAGCUGGAUGCACCCGAACCACCACUGAAGAACCGACGUGCCACCAUUGACUCUGAGACCUUCUCACAGCAGAUUAAGGCACCUGAUUCCCUGCCUCUGCCCCGGCGGAACUGGCGUCCGCCAGAGCGCAAGGAGGCCGAGUAUGCCAGAAACCAGCGCACCUGCAAUCGAACCACCUUCGCCAGCAUGGAGAAGGAUAUGGAGGAGAAGUUGAGGUGCCAGAAGAUGUCAAAACGCGUGCGAUUCAACGACAAACCUGUGAUCUAUUUCGUUGAGAAAUACAUUGGCCAAAGCCCCAUGCACGGCGUAAACGGAAGAAAGGACACCGAGUUGCUGUUCUUCAGCACUUACGCGGAGAGGCGUGAACGCUGGUCGAGCCUUCAGGUCAACGACAAAACGUCACACUUCGAGACCAUCCUAAAGUGGUCAAAUCAAUGGCUGAAGCAGCGCAGUGUGGAUGCUGUGGCUGAUUCGGAUGUGCUCAAGCCCAUAGCAGCCGAAUUUGAGAAUGUCAAACAGUACAAGGAAAACUUUGUGCCUUUGAUGAAGCUGGAGCUGUUGACCACAAUCGAAAGGGACUACAAGUUGGGCAGGCCAUCAUUUGAGGUCUGCCUGCAGCAACCUGUUGAGGUAACAAAAUCCUUCUACUGCCUGACUACGCGGGUCUUUAUUAACCCGCCAGCAAAGUAUAUGCUUUACACGCUGUCAAGUGGCGACAAGCUGCCGGAAACGUUUGCCACUCUGCGUGAGCAAAGAACUAAAAAUGCAGGCCAAGAGCUGAUUUUCGAAAUCCUCAAAGAUGGCAUUUCGCUGGAAACAUUAAACGGCAUAAAACUCUUGACUGCACGCCCAGUGGUGGACAGCUUGAGGGUGGAUUUGGGCGCACUGCGAGCUGUCGAUCAGCUGGCACGCUCGCCACUCCAUCGCAGGAUAAUCAAGCCCACCGAAAUGCUGAAGAAUGCCAGCAUACCCAGCUAUGGAACACCGUUUGUGUUCAAGGGUUUCGCCAAGCUCAAUCCUCACCAGGAGUUGGUCUGCGCAAGCACGUAUCAGCGUGUCAUAGAUGAUUCCAAGCCGAGCAUUACGUUGAUCCAGGGUCCCCCAGGCACGGGCAAAUCCAUGAUUAUUGCAAACAUAAGCUUCCAGUGUUUGUAUGGAAAGGCGGCCAUCAAAAAGGAUCGCAAGAUACUCAUCUGUGCCCAUUCCAACACGGCCGUCGAUUCAAUUGUUUCCCGUUUGCAUCAGGUGCGUGAGAACUUCAGUGAGCAGGAUCGCUUUGAGAUGCUUCGCUAUGGGUUGCACGAGAAGAUGAGUUCGCUGUCGCGGCACUACUCGCUGGAGCAUAAGUACCAGUGUGCCAGGAACCACAAAAGAGAUCGUAUUAGUGCCGAUAACCGCGUGAUUCUCAAGCAGCACUACAACGAGCUGCAAGCGGAGGUCAACGAAAUGCGAAAUACACAUCUAAAUGGCACCUGGCUGUUCGACCAGUACCAGGAGAAGAUAAGGAAGCUGCAGAUCUUCGAGGACAAGCUAAAUCCACGCCUGACACAGCGCGAGGAGUUCGAUAUUGCUUCAUCGCACAUAAAAGCAGCCAACAUUGUGUGCACCACACUCUCCUCGUGCGUGAAGCUGUCUAGCUAUAUAAACUACUUUGAUGUGUGCUUAAUUGACGAGGCCACACAGUGCACCGAGCCAUGGACGCUGCUGCCCAUGCGUUUCGGCAUUCCGCACCUGGUAUUGGUCGGCGACACGCAGCAGUUGCCUGCCGUUGUGCUCUCCCAGAGGGCUGUCGAGUUCGGUUUGGCCAGAUCAAUGUUCGAUCGCAUUCAGCGGAGUCUGGAGCGGCAGCAGGCGGACGAUCCGCUUGGCCAUCUGUCCGUGCACACAAAACUCUUCAAACUGACGACGCAGUACCGCAUGCAUCCGGAGAUUUGCAAGUGGCCGAAUCGCUACUUCUACGACGCUCAGCUGGUCAAUGAAGUGGGCCUAGAGGGCAAGCUGGCAACACCGCUGAUUCCUUAUGCCAUCAUCAACCUGGGCUUCACCAGGGACACCAGUGAUCCGAAAACUCGAAGCAUUAGCAACGAGGAGGAGGCUCGCUUUGUGGCCAAGCUGCUGGCGGAGAUGGAAAAGCAUUUGCCGAGCAGACGCUACGGCUACGGACUGAUUUCACCGUACAGCAGCCAAUGCUAUGCGCUGAGCCAAGUGCUGCCCAGCCACAUGAACCUGCCACCGCCACUCACUGUGGAUGCCUAUCAGGGUACGGAGAGCGAUGUGGUUGUCAUUUCGAAUGCGCGCACACAAGGCUGCGGCUUUCUGUCCAACUACCAGAGACUCAAUGUGGCCGUUACCAGGCCCAAACGUUGCCUAAUCAUCUGUGGAAAUUUCAAAGAUCUACAGAACGUGCCCAUGUGGCGUGACCUGCUGGACGAUGCCUGCAAGCGUGGGGUUUACUUCGACUUGAAGCGUGAGGAUGUUGCCAAUCUGAAAGACUCUUUGAUGAGCAAACUGCUGGUGAAACCGCCAGUGAACGAGGAAUAGAAAUAGAAAUCUGAACAAAGCGUGUUACAGUGCCUGGAGGCGAAGACCAUGAAGCGGUCCUGCCCAAAAAAUACUUAGAAAUAAUGAAAGGAGUUCGUUGUCGGUUUUACAUUCAUAUUCUCAUCGUUUGGUUUAUUUUUUGUUUGUUUAAUAACAUUAAUAGAGGACUUAAAGUUUCAUUUUCUUUGUACACAUAAUUUGCUUAAAAACAUUUUGCCGACCUGCCUUUUGCCUUCGUUUCCUUCGUAUAUAACAUGAUUUAUAUAUGUGAAACUUUCCCUAUAUAUUAUGAAGUAUAUAAGUAUAUUAUUUUUUUUUUGUGAAAUAAGUGAAUGAAUUUAAAGGAACAUACGAAAUGUUGAAUAAAUCAAAUGACUGGAAUUAAGUUACCCAAA